AUGUCGCUGCGCUCCCACUACCCCGAGGAGGACAUAAACGACCAAUUACGACCUAUCCUUCGUAGAGGCUUCGAGCAGCUAGUCCACCUUGAAGAAUUCUGCAGUGUCAAAGACGAAUUGUAUCUUGCGUAUUGGGACUCUACAUCCUCCCCAGAAGCCAAUGGGACUGAGGUCAAUAAUUUUAUGUUUGAGAGAUGGACAAAACUGCGUCGCCUUGCACUUUACAACCAGAUGCUCGACUCAGAUUUCGAGGCAGCACUCACACGUAUACCAAAUUUGGGGAAAAUCGUCUUGCCCCGUCCGGACUUUGAAGAAGAUGAGACUUCAUGGUCGAGUGAUAUGGCCAUUGCGGUCGGUGACCGGAUUCAAUUUACAGUCGUCAACACUACAGACCGGGCUCCCGAGGCUGGGAUCCGAAGCUUGAGAUUCACGAUCGAGUCUUUGGGGGUACAAUCUGAUGCAUGGAAGUACAAUCUCUUCAUGGGCAACGACAUGGACGAAAUCUCUGCUGUACAAGACUGGUCGCUUCAGUGCGCGCUAGAUGGAAGCUUAUGGUCUUUGCCCGAUGGUUUGGACUCCCAUUUGUAG